CCUAGUGGUGGGGGCCGAGCCGGUCCCACAGAGAACAGAAAGGCCACAGACCCACCCAGGGGCGCUCGUGGCCCAAGGGGAUCCCGCAAGGUCAGGAAAAAGGCCCUGUCCGUGAAGAUGGGAUCGAACCUGCACUCGAACGCCAGUGCCUGCAUUCCCCCUUUCUACUUUCCUUAGGCCAGUGGUUCUCAACCAGGGGGCAGUUUCGGCCCCAAGUGACCUUGGGCAAUGUCUGAAGAACUGAGCAUGCAGAAUUCAGAGAGUGGAUCGGACUCGCCAGCGUCCGUGGUUCUGUGUCCGUCAGCGGCAGCCCAGGCCCCCGUGGCCCAGCCUGUCCCAGCCUCCCUGCAGGUCCCGCCCGUGCAGCACGCGUACCACCCCCAGGUGCAGUACAUGGAGGGCGGAAACGCCGUCUACACCAACGGAGCCCUACGGACCGCCUACGCCUACAACCCCGAGCCUCAGAUGUACGUGCCCAGCAGCGCCGCCUCUUACUUUGAGGCCCUGGGCAGUGCCCAGGUGACCGUGGCAGGCUCCUCCCCCCUAGUGGUGCCCUCCCAUAGCAUGGUGGGCAUCGCCAUGGAUGUCGGGGGGUGCCCCAUUGUCUCCAGCACGGGAGCCUAUCUCAUCCACGAGGGGAUGAACAGCAGCAGACACUCACUGGCCCACACCACCCGGUCUUCGCCAGCUACGCUUGAAAUGGCGAUUGAAAACCUCCAAAAAAGCGAAGGGAUCACAUCACACAAAAGCGAUUUACUCAACAGCCAUGUCCAGUGGCUGCUGGACAACUACGAGACGGCUGAAGGCGUGAGCGUCCCCAGGAGCUCCCUUUACAGCCAGUACCUUCGGCACUGCCAAGAGUGCAAGCUGGACCCUGUGAACGCUGCCUCCUUCGGGAAGCUGAUCCGCUCCGUGUUCGUGGGGCUGAGGACGCGGCGGCUGGGCACCAGGGGCAACUCCAGGUAUCAUUACUACGGGAUCCGUCUGAAGCCAGACUCGCCCCUGAACCAGCUGCCGGAGGACACCCAGUACAUGGCCAUGCGGCAGCAGUCCACCCAUCAGAGGCCGAGCCUCUGCUUUUUGAGCCCCUGCUGGGUGGCGCUGCUGGGGCCUCACGCUGUCACGCGGCCCCCGCCCAGGUCCGGGCCGGCCCAGAAGACGGACAGCCUCGGGGAGAGCUGCUCGCACAGCAGCCUGCAGAGCACGCCGGAGCAGGCGAUGGCCGCGCAGAGCCAGCACCACCAGCAGUAUAUAGACAUCUCCCACGCCUUCCCGGAGUUCCCGGCGCCCGAGCUGGACAGCGUCCUGCUGCAGGACAGCCUCACGUUGUGCGACGUCAGGGCCCUGCAGCUGGCCUACCGGAGGCACUGCGAGGCAACUCUAGGUGUUGUGAUGAAUCUCCAGUUCCACUACAUUGAGAAGCUGUGGAUUUCCUUCUGGAAUUCGAAAGCGUCCUCCGGCAACGGCCCCACCUCUCUACCUGCCAGCGACGAGGACCCCGAAGAUGCCGUCCUCCCAAAGGACAAGCUGGUCUCCCUGUGCAAGUGCGACCCCAUUCUCAAGUGGAUGCGGAGCUGCGACCACAUCCUGUACCAGGCCCUGGUGGAAACCCUCAUUCCCGACGUGCUGCGGCCCGUGCCCAGUACCUUGACACAGGCCAUCCGCAAUUUUGCCAAGAGCUUGGAAGGCUGGUUGACAAAUGCCAUGAGCGACUUCCCCCAGCAGGUCAUCCAGACCAAGGUUGCGGUGGUCAGUGCCUUCGCCCAGACCCUGCGCAGAUACACGUCCCUCAAUCACCUGGCUCAGGCGGCGCGCGCAGUGCUGCAGAACACCUCCCAGAUCAACCAGAUGCUCAGCGACCUCAACCGUGUGGACUUCGCCAACGUGCAGGAGCAAGCCUCGUGGGUGUGCCAGUGUGAGGACGGGGUGGUGCAGUGGCUGGAGCAGGACUUCAAGCUGACCCUGCAGCAGCAGAGCUCCCUGGACCAGUGGGCCCGCUGGCUCGACAACGUGGUCACCCAGGCCCUGAAGCAGCACGCAGGCAGCCCCAGAUUCCCCAGGGCUGCCCGGCAGUUCCUGCUGAAGUGGUCCUUCUACAGCUCCAUGGUGAUCCGUGACCUCACGCUGCGCAGUGCGGCCAGCUUCGGCUCCUUCCACCUGAUCCGCCUGCUCUACGACGAGUACAUGUUCUACCUGGUGGAGCACCGUGUGGCAGAGGCCACAGGAGAGACACCGAUUGCCAUGAUGGGAGAGUUCAACCAUCUAGCCUCCCUGUCGCUGACACUGCUUGACAAAGAGGACAUCAGCGAGGGCCGGGGCGGUGAGGCCCACCCUGCUGCCCGCAGCCUGGGUGAGCCCCUGGUGAAGUGCGAGCGCAGCGACCCCAGCCCCUCCCUGCAGGGCGUUUAGCUGGGCGCCCUCCUGCCUCGGGGACUGCCUGGCCCCACCACAGUAGUGCCUCUUAGGCGAUGUGGCCUUCACCCCGACUCAGGGAGCCGGGCGCUGUCGCCCCUGGAGGACACCAGAUGUCAGCCAGGCAGACACCCCACUGCCCCUGAGUGCAGCUCAGCGCGCUGCCCAGGCGUCGUGACUGUUUUAUCCUCUCUGCUGCUGGAGGCCGAGCCCCAAUCCAAGCCGGCCAUGCAUCCGGCCCCAGUGCCAGGGCUGUGCUGGGCUUCUCCCCCAUUCUGCUGGUUCCAAUUUCCACCGUGAUUUUUUUAAACUUGGGCAGAUCCUGGGAAGGAAGGGAUAUCCUCAGUUCUUGGGCAUCCACAGAGCCCCCGCCCUGUGCCUCUGUGCGGGAAGGGACCCUCGGCACUCACCACGGCCUCCUGCCCUGCCUGCUGGGCUGAGGCUAGAGGCGAGCCCCCUCUAGGCGCCAAAGGUCCCCAGAGGCAGCCCGCAGCCCCACGUGGCUCGGAGACCAAGUCAGGAAUAGUCCCGUCGUGCCAAGCCCCGCUGGGGCCUUUAGGAAUCAAAACCAUACGUUUUUGGAAUCAGCAACGGGAAGCACUGGGGCUCUUCCAAGUUCACAGCCAACAUCAAGCCAAACGCUGGGCCUGCAGUGAGUUUGUUCCAAGCGGGCCCAUGGUCAGCACUUCAGGGGCGCCUUCAGAGAGCAGUCAUCCCAUCACGUCUGUGCACAACAGCUGUAUCUACAUCCCACUCCCCAGAAUCUUCCAGAACACCAGCCUUUGAAUUAGCCAUCUUGGAACUCUGUGAACCCAGGCAUGUCCCAUCUGGAUCAACUCAAAGCCAAAACUCUUAUCUGGGGACUUGCCAGCCUGGAACCACAACCUCUCCAGAUGUGUGUCCAUCUACCAAGCCGGAUUUGACUAGCGCCCGGCGAGAGCGCUGCCCCAGACCUACUGCAAAGGCCGACCAGGGCUGGUCUAGGACGCGCAUCUUGAAAUGCAAUAGUUUCUCUUUCUGGAAAUGUGUCUGUAUCAAUAGUUUUGUUCUCUAAUUGUUAUUAGGAUGUUUCUUAUGAAUGUAUCUAAUACCGCAGUGUAUUUGGUUCCCCAGCAUUUUUUUUCUCAUUCACUCAGAAGGUACUAAUGUAAACUCCUUUGGCCUUUCAAAACCUUAACUUCCUGAUGUGCAGGGGCGCUGGGCACUUCCUGACGUGCAGGGAGGGGCACUACAAGAGAGAUGGGUGCUUUUUCAGAAGCCAAAAGUCUGUAUUAAUCCCAAUGUUUUUCUGGUCUUAUAGUUCAAUACUUAGAUGAAAUCAGACAGAAAGAAUGUCUUUAACAUAUUAUCUCCUCUCCCAGGAGCUGGCUAAGCUCACAGUUCUUGGAUCGUAAUGGCCUGCCUGCUCUUCCACAUGUGGGGAACAAUACAAAGUGGGUUUCCA